GAACCACAUGAUCAAAGAACUGGAGGGCCGUGUCCAGCAGCUGACGGGGGAGGCAGAGAACAGCAAUUUACAGAGGCAGAAACUGGUUCAAGAAAAAAUGGAGCUUGAGAGAUGCUACCAGAUAACAUGUAGUGAACUCCAGGAGCUAAAGACAAGGCGUAACAUACUACAUAAAGAGAAAGAACAUCUGGCAAAUGAUUAUGAGAAAAAUGUGAAAUUAUUAAAAACCAAAUACGAUUCCGACAUAAACCUUCUAAAACAAGAGCACGCGCUUUCAGCUUCUAAGACAUCUGGUGUGAUUGAAGAGUUAGAACAGAACAUCUGUCAAUUAAAACAGCAGGUCCAGGAGUCAGAGCUUCAGAGGAAACAGCAAGCAAAAGAUCAAGAAAAUAAGUUUCACAUGGAAAGGAACCAUUUAAAACAUACCUAUGAGAAAAAG